AUGGUUCUCUCCGACCUCGGCAGGCGCAUCAAUAGCGCCUUCCAGGACCUCUCUAAGGUCCCCAUCGUCGACGCAGCCUCGAUCGACCAGCUUCUCAAAUCAGUAUGCAACGCACUCAUCGAGGCCGACGUCAACGUCAAACUCGUUGCCAACUUGCGCUCUCAGGUCAAAAAUCAGGUCACCGCCUUACUCAACGACAAGGCCAAUGCCAACUGGUCCGAUGCACAGCGUCGUCAGCGUGUCCAGAAAGCCGUCUUUGACCACCUCGUAGCGCUUGUCGAUCCGCUUCACGGCCAGACCAAGACCGACGCCGAGUCCGGUGCCGUUGUCGCUGCGGGCAAUGCAGGCCCAGGCGACAUCUUCAAGCCCAAAAAGGGCAAGCCCAAUGUAAUCAUGUUUGUCGGUCUACAGGGUUCCGGUAAAACUACAUCGUGCACCAAGCUCGCCCUUUACUACCAAAAGCGCGGCUUCAAGACCGGUCUCGUCUGUGCCGACACCUUCCGUGCGGGCGCUUUCGACCAGCUCAAGCAGAAUGCUAGCAAGAUCAAUGUCCCCUUCUACGGAAGCUACACCGAAACCGACCCUGUCGCCAUCUCGGCUGCGGGUGUAGCUAGCUUCAAGCAGAACCGCUUCGAAGUCAUCAUCGUCGACACUUCCGGUCGCCACAAGCAGGAGCAGGAGCUGUUCGACGAGAUGCGCGAGAUCGACGCCGCCGUCACGCCCGACCUCACCAUCAUGGUCCUCGACGCCAACAUCGGUCAGGCAGCCGAGGCUCAGUCGCGCGCAUUCAAAGAUGCCGCCGGCUACGGUGCCAUCAUCGUCACCAAGCUCGACGGCCACGCCAAGGGCGGUGGUGCCAUCUCGGCCGUCGCCGCCACCUCAACGCCCAUCAUGUUUAUCGGUACCGGAGAACACGCUGCCGAUCUCGAACCGUUCCGCGCUCAGCCGUUCAUCUCCAAGCUGCUAGGUAUGGGCGACAUGAGCGGGCUAAUGGACAAGAUGGAAGAGAUGCAGAUGAACGGCGGACAGGAGCGACAGCGCGAGAUGCUCAAGAAGAUCGAGCAGGGCGGUGUUUUCAGUAUCCGCGACUGGAGGGAGCAGCUUUCCAACAUUAUGGGCAUGGGUCCUCUCAGCAAGAUUGCGGGCAUGAUUCCGGGUAUGGGACAGAUGCUGAGUGGCGCAGGCGGAGACGACGAGGCCGCGGGGAGCAAGAUGAAGCGCAUGAUGUUUAUCACCGAUGCCAUGACAGCCGAGGAGCUCGAUAGCGACGGCCGACUGUUCACUACUCCGAUUCGAUCCAAGAAGCCCCCCGUUGUGGACACGAAGGAAGUUGCGAUUGCCGAAAGCUCUACGGCCGCCGGGAAGAGCAAGAAGAAGAAGAAACCGCAGCCCAAAGUCCGCAUGAAUGCGCGCGCUCGACGUGUGGCCCGCGGCUCCGGAACAUCCGUCAAGGAAGUCGAAGAGUUCUUGAUGCAAUAUAGAAUGGUGGGAUCGAUGGUGAAUCGAAUGGGUGGAAAGUCGGGCUGGCUCAAGCAGAUGCAAGGCAUGGGAGGAGGCAAGGGUAAGAUGCCGACGCCGGGCAUGCUUCCACCGGGCAUGUCGCGCGAGCAGGUUAUGCAGAUGCAGAAAUCGCUCCCACCCGAGAUCAAGGCUCAGCUCCGUCAACCCGGUGGGCGCGAAAAGCUUUUGCAGCAGAUCCAAUCCGGCAAUAUACCCGACGGUCUAGCCGGCCUUGGAGGCGGCGGUAUGGGGGGCCUAGGCGGUCUUGCAAGUUUGAUGGGAGGCGGUGCGGGCGGAAUGCCCAAUAUGGCUGAAAUGAUGCAGCAAAUGGGCGGCAUGGGCGGCAUGAUGAACAUGAUGAAAGGCAUGAUGGGGGGUGCUGGAGGCGCUCCACCGCGUUGA